AUGGCGGAUAUCAAACAUAAAUCAAAGGAUUCCAAUACUUUUCGGUUCAAGAGCUUUGCGGAUCGUGUUAAUGAAAUCGACUUAAGACGGUUGGCUUUGUAUCAUAUAGGGCACAGUAACGAAGAAUUACCGGAAGAUAAUGAAACAUAUUUCCAUCAAACUUUAAAAAAAUGGAUGGUCUUAAAUCUCACCGAAGAAUUUUCUCACUUCGCCCGCAAAGUUUGCAAGAUUGUUACUUUGCAUCAAUUAGUAGAUAAAAAAAAGUUCGUGUUGGAUACUUUAUUAGAACAUUUAGCCACCGCAACUUCCUUAUCUAUGCAACCGUUACUGGAAUUAUUAUAUGUUUUGGCUAGAGAUUUACGAAAGGAAUUCUAUCCUUAUUUUCAACGUGUGCUAGAUCGCCUUAUUUGUUUGUUACACACCCAAGACGCUGAGCAACUCGAGUGGACUUUUGUUUGCUUAGCUUAUUUAUUCAAAGAGCUUAAGCCAUAUUUAAAACGUCAUAUUGGUGUGGUAUUUAAGAGUAUAUUGCCUUUGUUGGACGAACAGCGUUAUGAGGAUUAUGUUAACAAUUUCGCAGUGGAAUGUUUUUCAUUUAUAGCUCGCGAUGUAAAAGAUUACAGCCAAUUUCUGGAUUUUAUAUUAUCUACGUUACAGCGAGAGCAAGUAGAGAUCGUGCAGGCCUGUGGUCGCUUGUUAUUUGAAAUAAUGCGCGGUGUUAAAGGACGACUUCAUUCUACUGCGGGAGAUUUUUUAGAGUUCUUAUUCCAACGUUUGAUAGAUGAUCAUUUGAAAGAUUCAAGAACGGUGGAUUUAUUAGCGGACAUUGUACAACAAGCAGUGGAGAAUCUCCUAGGAUUUGUCUAUCCUCAACAUAUAUCCUUGUUUUGGCUGAAAUUAUGUGCCGUUGCAGAUACUUGCAAGGGAGCUGAAAAACUAAAACAUCUUGUACAAAUUUUUGAGCAAGGCGCUAAAUAUCGUGAAGGAAAAUUAUUAGCUGAAAUGGAUGUAAUAGUGCCAACUAUUUUGCGAAUGGUAGACAAAGCUAAUGCAGAUGAUGAGGCUGAAGAGACUAUGCUUAUGUUAAUACAUUUAAUAAGCUCUAUCUUAAUGUCGGGCUCAUCGUUGAUGACGCAAUUGGAUACAAGUCUUUUGAUGAAGAAAUGCUUAACGAUAGAAAAAAGAAAGAUUUUUGAAGAAUUUUUGCUGCAAACGGCACAUCAUGUACAGUUUAAUAUCUUUUCAAUGCCAAAGAUGAUUCAAUACUUUGAAAAGCACUUCGAUUUAGCUGCUUUUGAAUUAAUUGCUCAAAUAAUGUUGAAAACAGAAUCUCUACAGUUUAAUGCUCUAAAAGUACAAACUUGGAAAUCAUGGGAGUUAAAAGUGAACGAAGCGGAGACUCUGCAAAAGGUUGAAGAUAAACUAAAAUUCUUCGAAGAAAGCAAAGAUAUAACAGAAGAACGUGUUUUGCUGCUCUGUUUUGUAUGUCCUCAUCUAAAAUGCCUUAAACGGGAAUCUUUGCAAGACUUUUUGGACAAUAUUACUGAGGAAGUUAUUAAUGUUUUGAAAGAUGACCAAACCAAUUUAAAGUAUUUAAAUCUUCUAACAUUGUUAAUGGAGAUAUGUUAUCAACUGAAUAUACAAUUGCAGCCGAACUUAAUUUCUGAUAUACAAAGGAUUUUGAUGUGCACCAUUGGUUCUGACUUAAGAACAUUAGGUGCUUUAAAUCAAAUGUUGGUCGGUUACAAAAAGUGUAUAAAAAACUCCUGCGAAAUAAAAAAAAAGCUUUCGCCAUUGCUUUCUCAUCAUCAGCAACAUAUUAGAGCAUUAGCCGCUCACUGCUUGUUAACUCUAAGCGAAAAUAAAGGCGAAAGGUUGCUAAACGAAAUAUUCUAUAAGGCUUUUUGCAUAGAACCUACUGUGCAAAAUUACCGAGAACAACUUCUUUUUAUCCAAAAACUGGAAACUGAAGGAGAAUUAUUUAAAUCUUUAGAUAAUGAUGAGCACAAAGAAAACAUUAUACGCUUUUUAUUGGGAUUAAUGUAUUAUAAUUUUAAAUUUCUCUGGGAGCCGGUACAGAAAUUAUUGGAAAGUUAUGCUAAAGUAAUGGAGCCUAAUAAAUUUUGGUUGAUUUACGUCGAGAAGCUAAAAUGUAGUGAAGAACAAAUUGGUUAUAUCAAAGAAAAGGAAGAGAAGCUACUCAUCAGUAAGGACUGGAAUUCCAAGACUUUAAAUACGCUGUUAACAUAUGGAUUAAACGAUGCUUCGUUAACCCAACAACAAUUGUUAAACUAUCGCUUAUUACUCUGGCAGCCUUUACCACACUUUGGCAAAUUGGUCGAAUUGAAAAACCGUGAAGUAGUCUCAAUGGUUUUGAAAUUUAAACGCGAGGAAUAUGAAAAGUUCGUGGAAAAUAAAGAAAAUACCUGGGAUUUAAAAGAGCCAACGAUUAAUAUUGAAGACUUCAAAGAAAUAGAAACCGAAAAUGAUAAUGAAAAGUCGCACAAAUCUUCCUCUUCGAAAUUGGUACAAAAUUCCUGCCAAGCGAAAUUUAUAUUAAAAACCUUAGUAUCUAAAUUGCAAGUCUUUAUUCAUUACAAUAAUCCACGAGCUUUAUAUCGCGAAAAGGAGCUUUGGCAGUUUUAUAUGCACUUAUUGAAGGGCUCCAACAGUUUCCUACAAAAAGCAGCCUUGGAUUGUAUUUUAGCUUAUAAGUCGAAAGCUUUAUUACCUUAUAAAACUGUUUUCUAUAAUUUUCUUGAUGAGAAGAAAUUUAAGGACGAGUUGAUAAACUUUAAAGUCGAUUCUAUUGCUUUAGAAUACCGCACAGAAGUUAUGCCUAUCUUAUUAAGAAUUCUUUACGGGAAAAUGAUAACCAAAGGUACACAAAAAGGCAUGAGCACUCAGCAGCGAAAAGCAGUGAUUUUAAGAUUUCUGGGCCAAUGUACUAUAGAAGAAAUACAACAUUUUUUAGAAAUGGCUUUCGUUUUAUAUCAAGAGUACUUGCAGGACUCGGUCGACAUUUUGAAUAUACCGUCCUUGGUUAAGGAGAACUUCGACAUUAGCACGGUAUGGUCUCCUAAGAAAUUGCAGAGUGCAUUAAAUUUAUGGGAUUUGAUACGUAAAGAAUUUGCCGGAUUAAUGCAAGAGAAAUUUCAUUUUUAUAUGCUUAAGCUAUUAGUCUUUGUGGGAUGUGUAUGUAAUGAAGUUUUAAGCGUCGAUCCAAGCCAGAUGCACAGUAAAAUGCCUUUGGUAUUUCGGAAUGUUAAACAAAACGCUUUGCAGAACUUAUUAAACUUUUUUGUACAUCUGGAAAAGUUCGAGUGGUCAGAUGUUUUGAUAAAGCAGCUAACUGAUAUUUAUGUUUAUACUUCUUUGGAGAAAUUGCCCCAAGACAGCAUUCACUCGCCAACGACAUUACUAAAACUUUUGUUGCAUUGGGGUGACAACGUCAAAUAUUUUCGAUUCCUCAAUCAAAGAGCAGCAAAAGAUAAAGAGAACAUCUUUUUUUAUGUCAUUCAAUUGCUAAUGAAUAACAAAAUUAAAACACCAGUUAAGAAACCUAUUAUGAGCGUUAUCGAAUGUAUGUUGAGAGCUAGUGAGAAUGAUAUCGAGAAUUCAAGGGAAGGCUUAGAACUCAUCAAACCGUUCAUAGCACAAAUUUUAGAAAGAAUUAAAUUAAACUUUGCGGAACGACGUAAUAAACAAUCGUUAGAUAAGCACGAUUUGCAUAUACUCGCCAUGUUAACUAAAUACGUGGAAGAUACGGAAAAUAGCGAACGACUUCUACAGUUAUUAAUGCCGUUAAUGUUAAAUAAAAGUCAGAGUCAAGGUAGUGCAGAGGCCGUCCAACAAAUCAUUACUACCUUAGCUAAUCUAGUUAAACGUUUAGCUAACCCUGAAUUGUAUUUGAAGAAAUUAGCCCCUUACUUUGAACAGAUACAAGAGGUUUCAGCCCGUAAGCAAUUAUGUGACCUUGUAGCUGAUAUAGCCAGAAUUAAAUAUAAGGAAGACCCCUCCUCCGUGGCAAGCGAGCAUUUAAAGAAUAUUGCUAGACUAGUAUUGCUCAUGAACGCUUGGGAUAAACGCUGGUUAGAGCAACCAGACUAUGAUAAACGGUUGCAAGCUUUUAAAGAAAUUACAGAAAAGAUUAAUUCUGGUCCAGGCGUGGAAUUAGAUUUGGGUAUUAUUAUUAUCUACAAUUGUUUCCAUUUUCUGCGUUACGAUAGAGACAUGGGCUUGCGAGAUAAUGCCGGUGAAUUAUUAAGACUUUUAAUGCCUCAUCUCACUAUUAAGUGUUCAGAAAAUGCUCAAGAAUUGAAUUACCUCCUCGAAGAAGUCUUUUUUAAACUUAUUCAAAGUGUUAUACGUUUGGAUAAUAAAGAAAACGCACGGGAAGAAGGAAUACGUCUCCUAGGAGAAAUGGUUAGAAAGUGCUCCUGCUUUCAUAUUGUGCUUCAAGAUUUAUUCUCCUUAAGUGACGCUAAUGACUUAGAAUUGGAUUUCUUUGAAAAUUUAAUACAUUUACAAACACAUCGUCAUGGCAGAGCUUUGCAAAAAUUUUGUCAAUAUGCGAACAAUUUAACGAAACCUCCACAUGUGAGAACAUUAACGCAAAUCAUUCUGCCUCUAGCUACAAACUACUUACUGAAAGAGUCAUAUGCUAGCAAAAAUUCUCUAAUAGAUUCCGCUAUCGAAACGGUUGGUGUGGUUUGUCAACUCUUACCUUGGCCGCAGUAUUUAGCCAUACUCAAGUAUUAUCUGAUGAAAAUGCGUACUUCGGCUGAAUAUCAAAAGCAAUGCGUUCGUGUAGUAGUGCGUAUUUUAGAUGCUUUUCAUUAUGAUUUGUCUCAAGGACAAAUGGAAGAUCAAGCGGUUUUGGAAAAAUUGAAAAAUGAACUGCAAGAAAGAAAUAGAAGUAUCGAAAUGAAAAAAGCGGAGAAAGAAAGCAAGACAGACGUGGAGUGUGGUGGAGAAGAAACUGCAACAAAUAAACGAGAAGAGAAUACUGAAGACAACAAUCAAACGUUAGCUGAGGAUUUGGAAGAUCAAGCUGAAGAAUAUGAAGAAACGGAAUCGACCGCUGCGAAAAGUGAACUUGUUUUGCAACGCACGUUGCUUUUACCUGCAAAUGCGUCGAAACGUGUAUUGCAUGUUAUAAUCACUGUGCUAAUACCUACCUUAAAUCGCUGCAUUACCGAACAAUCUGCAUAUGAUCAGAAACAUAAAUUUAAUCGCAAACGCUUAAGUGCCGAACGUGAAGAGGAAGAGAUUCUCCGGGUACCCAUCUCUCUUGCUAUGGUUAAACUUUUGCAGAAAUUACCUCAAAAACUACUGGACGCUAGUUUGCCGGGUGUGUUUAUGAAAGUCUGCACCUUUUUAAGAUCUCCUCUGAAGUCAGUGCGUAUGUUAACGAGGGAUAUUCUUAAGAAAAUUAUGCUUUGCCUUGGCCCUAAGCAUCUCGGAACGUUAAUCGACCAUCUGCAGACUUUGCUAACGAGAGGUUUUCAGGUGCAUGUAUUAUCGGUUACCGUUCACGGAGUACUAGAUGCGUUACGCGAGAUGUUGCAUCCGAGAGAUGUAGAAAAUUGCUUACACAAUUUAUUGCAAGUGUCUUUAAAUGAUAUUUUCGGUGAGAUUAGCAUGGAAAAAGAAGUAGACAAGUUGGUGUCCCAUACUCCGGAAGCGAAACCCAGCGCAAAGAGUUUUUUAGUUCUGCACAUAAUAGCGCGCAACAUUGGCGAAUCUUGUUUAUUGGAUUUGCUAAUGCCUUUCAAGGAUCUCUUAGCGCGCUCAAAGUCGCGUAAAGUGGUUUUGAAAAUUCAAGAAUGCUUUUCGAAAAUUGUCAAUGGCUUGGUAGAGAAUGUUAAUCUUUCGCGAGAAAGUCUUCUAAUUUUUAUUUACGGUACCAUGUCGGAGAGCAUUACUGAACUCUUACCAGGCACGCAGGCCCCCAAACUCAGUGAACAAGAGAAGAAGAAAAUGCUUUUGGCAAGACCUGACUGCUUUAUCAUACCUCCUACCCCAAGUACGCGUUCCGGCGCAGUCAAUCGGUCAGUGAAAUCAAAUAAUCAAGCUAAUGCUCACAUCCUAAUAGAAUUCGGUUUGGAAAUGCUACUGAUAGUUUUAAAGCGCAAAAAAUUGGUCAAUAUUGAGUAUGAACCAUUCUUAAAUCCUCUAUUACCUCUGCUGAGAGAUUCAUUGAAAAGUUCUCACAUACGUGUAACAAUAUUUGCUUUAAAAUGUUUUGCUAGUCUUUGGGUAGAGGAGUACAAACUACCAGCUACUAUGGAAGCAGAUGAACAUUAUCUUAAACUAGUAGUGGAACGUAUUUUUGAAAUUUUGAAAAAUGUCUCGACUUUCAAUGCCUCAAAGCAAGAGGAUAAUUUGCAAUUGAUUAAAUCUUGCUUCAAAGCUAUAGUGGCAUUAUUACGUAAAUGUGAUUACUACCAACUAACGGAAGACCAAAUCGAACAGCUAGUGCUGCAUGUAGAACAAGAAUUACAUGACGGAGAACAACAAAAUUUGACGUUCAGUUUAAUUAAAGCCAUGCUGACGCGCAAAGUGGAAUCCAAAGCAAUGAAUGAUAUUAUGAAACGUAUCGGGGAAUUAACUAUAAUUUCCCAUUCUGAGUACGUUAGAGAUGAGGCCCGCCAAUUAAUGAUUACAUAUGUGAUGGAGUAUCCGCUGCACAAGAAAAUUGACCAAAUUAUCAAAUUCUUUGCAGUGCAAUUAUGUUAUUCCCUGCCGGCAGGACGUUUAUCAGCUAUAGCACUUCUAGAAAGCAUUAUCAAGAAAUUUCCUUCGGUUAUCCUCAACAAAAAAGCCGAAUUCCUUUACCUAUCUUUGGGUACCCGUUUAAUUAACGACGAAGACCCUGAAUGCCGCCGAGCGAUUGCUGAGUGCUUGGAAAUGCUUAUAACUCGUUUGGAAAAAUCUCAACGCCAACGUUUAUUUGAAAUGACUCUAUUGUUUUUUGAAUCCACAAACAAACCUUCCAUAAGAGAAAUGGCUGCUUGCCUCUGUUCAAGAUUUUUAAACGCUGAAAAACGUCAAUUUAGUGAAAGAAUUAAAGUUCUUCUACCGUUGAUACUUGGAAGAAUAGUGUUAAAUAACCCACAAGCCCCGGGUAGAUUUGUGAAAGCCCCAUGUCCCAGUCAAGCGAUUGACAAACAACAGUCGAAGAAACGUCCGAAGCAGAUUUGCAAGGACUCUGAAAACCUUUUGGAUGAUGAGGAAAAGGAAGAGGAAAUUGCAGCUUUACAGCAAAAAGAAUUGGAUCAUGAGCUAAUACAAAUGCAGUACUGCAUUUUGAAAAUGUUCGAUUACUGUUCCACGGAAAUGUUUAGCAGUGAAGAGCUAUGCCGUCUUAUCGACGAAUUGGCAUAUGAAAGUCAAAGGCUUUUAAAUCACGAACACAUUUGGGUUAGAUGUAAUGCUGCCAAGAUACUGACGCAAAUUCUGAGUACCUAUGAUUAUACAUUAAUUAGUCACAAAUUGCAGCAAUUAUCGAAUGAGCAAAAUAUAUCGAAUGAUUGUAGAUUGGAUUUUAUAUAUUUGAAUCCUGAAUAUGACAUUAAAUCUUUAGUUCUCGAUUUAUGCGCUCAAGUAAUUCCGGGUGACACCUGCGAAAACAUGUUAGAUGAAAUUGUUAAAAUAUUACUGUACAUAGCCACCAUGUUAAAAGAUGUCCCUUUCACCCUAACAAAGGAAGUUAAAGAAAAUAAUGGACUUGAUGAUGACUAUGGAAAUGUUAGAACGAAAAUCAAUUUAAACUGGUUAAUACGUAAUAUACGUUAUCUAAUCAACAAGGAAGUAACAAGGGCUCCUCAUAGCAUCACAGUGCGUCUCGCUUUGUUUAAACUUAUCGAAGGUCUUAUCGCUCUUUUAACGACAGAGGCAUUAGUGCGACUGGCACCUGCUGUGUUAUCGUCUCUGGUGCGUGAAAUGUCCGAAGCUGAUCAAAACGUUGAUCCGGGUUUACGUCAGUUCGCAUUACACGUCGGCAGCCGCUUACGUAAGCGCAUUGGAUCCGAAUUAUAUGAUAAGUUGAGAACCGAAACACAAUUGAAACUCAUGGUACGAAGGGCAGAACGUAAAAAACUUUUGGCUCAGGAGAAAGUUCAUGAUCCUGUAAGGGCCUCCAAGCGGAAAGCAGCUGUAAAAGAACGGAAAAAGUCGGCUAAGAAAUUGAAAACUAUGAUAGUGCGAGGGAAAGUAGCUGACGUUAAAGAAAAAUUAAAAAAACGCAAACGAAAAGCUGAGGAGAAUUUGUUUUGAUCACAUUUAUGUGCACGAGUAUGUGAAAAGAUCAAUGUACAGUAGAAUUUAAGCAAAAAAUGAAUUCUAAGUUGAAAUAUUCUUCCUUAAUUCUCUUACAAUAUAUUUUGUUAUUAGUUCUGUCUUUACA